GUUGCAUCACCCUCUUCCCCGCCCCAUGGCCGUUGAACGCGGCGGAUGAUCCACCCCAAAGUCAGCGACGGCGCCACGCCGCGCACACCGCACAGCGCGCGAGUCACACCGCGCGGGCCGCAGCGGCAGUCGAGCGAAAGCUCCGACGAUGAAUACUUGGAACGCGGCGGCAGCGGCAGCGACAGCAGCGCCAACUGGCCCGAGGACGCCUCGCUGGGGCGACGGAACCGCGCCUGGCUGCGGUUCUGGGUCUGGUCGUUCCUCACCACCAAGACCUACCCGGGUGACAGCAAGCGGCGCUCCUGCAUUCUCUGGGUCACGGCCACGGCGUAUCAGUUCCUGAUGGCCUGUGCGGUGGUCUUUCUGCUGGUCUUAGAUUCCACCACGCAGGUGACAGUGACGACCCCCGCGUACUGGUACAGCGAGCUGGUCUUGACGUGCAUUUGGUCCGUGGAGUACGUCUUGCGCUUUUGGAGUUGUGUGGAGGGCCAAGCAGAAGUCCCGACCUCUCACCUCCGGCGUUGUAAGGUGCGCCUGCGAGCGAUGCUGCACCCUUUGAUGCUCAUCGACCUAGUGUCCUUGAUCUCCCUGGUGGUUGAUUUGAUGAUCGACAGCAACCAGCUUCGCGGAUUAGGGGCACUUCGGAUGAUGCGCGUCUUCACCUUGCUGCGCCUGGAACGGGAUUGGCGAAUUUGUGACCCCCUGCUGGCCGUCGUCGCCCAGGAGGGUCGGUUGCUGGGUGGAGCGGUGGCCAUCGCCCUGACGAUGUUGAUGUGCUGCUCUAUCGUGAUGUUCUAUGUGGAGGCGCCCAGCAACCCCAAAUUUGGAAGUGUCGCGGAUUGCCUCUGGUGGGGCACCACUGCCCUCACCACAGUGGGCUACGGAGAUCUCUACCCCGAGAGCGCCAUGGGUCGUAUCGUCGCGUCCAUUACGGCCUUCCUAGGCAUUGGGCUCUUCGCGUUGCCCGCUGGGAUCAUCACCGCAGGCUUCCGCAACGAGCAGAUGCGACGGCACAACGGGAAGUCUGGGAUGGCCAGUCCAUCGGCCGAUGAGGAGGAGCUGAAAGACUUACUGCUGGGACUUCACAGACGUAUGGACGCCUUCGAUGGUCGCCUACAGGCGAUGCAACUGGAACUCACUGCCAUACGCGCAGAGACCAUACUGUUGUGGGACUAUCUCAUUGGCGAUCCCGACAACUUCAAAAAGAACAGCUUUGAGAACAGGCACGAGUUCGAGAAGCUGAGUCGCUUGAAGCGCGCCAACGACCACACCGCUGGCUGUCCGCGCUAUCUCGGGCGGACCUCCAGCUACAUGGAAUUUGGCGAGGUCGCUGCUGGUGGCGAUGACAAAGUGGGAGAUGGGGAGACAAAGCCUAUAGGACUAGCACCCGAUGCCGAAUCGUCGGACAUGUUACCGGCAUCGGGCUGGGCUCCCCUGGUUCCUGCUGGAGAUCGUGGGAUUCGACUUCUACAGGUGAUCUUGCAAGAAGGCAAGAGGCACUUCAAAGCGCUGCUGGUGCGCUUCGAAGAGUCCAGUGACGGCUACUACCGCUGGAACGGCCCCCAAGCCGAGGAGAAGCGGCCCAACAGCCCGGAGUGGAAGCCCGUGGUGUGGAACCCCGUCUUGGAAUCCUUUUGCAGCCCGUCGAUGAAGCUUCCGAACGGCGAGCCCCGACCUUUGCCCAACAAGGUUUGCGCAUGGCUGAGGGGGCGAUGUAUGAAGAAGUUGGUCAGCAUCAAGCACUCCAUGGAAAUCACUCCGUGUGGAAACCCGGAAUCCCCGGAGCGAAGCGGAAUUUUGCUGGGGAAAUCCAUGGUAUAA